AUGCAAAAGUCAGCGUCCAUACUUCCCAAAUUCAUGUCUGGAACAAUUACCCAAUCACUUUUUUUCUUGAAUGUUAUCUCAAUUGUGGGAGACAUCGUUGGCUUGCCUACGUCGUACUAUUACAAUUUUGUCUUGGAAGAAAAAUUCGGGUUCAACAAGUUGACUAAAAAAUUGUUCAUUAUAGACACGUUGAAAUCUGCAGCUUUGCGGAUUGUCUUUGUCACCCCUAUACUUGCUGGCUUUUUGAAGAUUCUCGACCAUUUCGGCGAAUCGUUCAUCGUUUAUAUGUGUGUGUUUGUCUUGGCUCUCCAAUUGAUUGGAAUGACCAUCUUCCCCAUCUUGAUCCAGCCCCUUUUCAACAAAUUUACUCCUCUUGAAGACGGCGAAUUGAAGACAGCCAUUGAGAAUCUUGCGGCACAACAAAAGUUUCCAUUGAACAAGCUUUAUGUCAUUGACGGUUCCAAGCGUUCGUCCCACUCCAAUGCCUACUUUACUGGCUUGCCAUGGAGCAAGCAGAUUGUUCUUUAUGACACCUUGAUUGAACAGUCAAGCGUUGAAGAAACUGUAGCUGUUGUUGCCCACGAAAUCGGCCACUGGAAACUCUCGCAUUUGGUACAAAUGUUGACCUACAUUCAAGCACACAUGUUCUUCGUUUUCUCGAUGUUCUCAGCGUUUAUCAACAACCAUUCGUUGUACUCGUCGUUCGGAUUCACCACUACCCAACCAGCUAUGAUUGGGUUCAUGUUGUUCAACGAUAUCUUCGAACCUGUUGAAAGCGUUAUGAAGUUUGCUCAGAACUUGCUCUCCAGAAAAAAUGAAUAUGAGGCAGAUGCUUUUGCCAAAGAACAAGGUUAUUCCGAUAACUUGUCGGUUGCACUUAUCAAGAUGCUUAGUGAGAAUUUGUCUACUAUGGACGCAGACUGGUUGUACUCUUCGUACCACCACUCUCACCCAAUCUUGUCGGAGCGUUUGAAUGCUCUCGGAUACGUUUCAAAGAAGAAGAUUGCUUAA